CCGCUUCCGGCCGGGGCGCGCGUCUCUGACCGCGGCGCGCUAACUGCCUCUAGUGGGCGGCGGGCUCCGGCGGGCGCUGGUGGUUCCGGGCCCGCGGGCGUCGAGAGCGGGUCUGAGAGUCGUGCUCGUCAGAGCGGCGCCGCGGACCCGGGGGCGGCCUCCAGGAGGAAGAAUAUUGGGCCUCAGUCAUCAAAGGUGGUGCUGGCCGGGUGACCCACACAGGAGCAGAAUUCCUAUUGCGGAAUGAUGAUGGUAGAUCCGAAGGUGGCUGAGUACUUGAACCCGCAGAUCAGGGCUCUGUGGGAAACCAGAGGACCUGUGACACAGAGUGCCAGUCAGAGUAAGAAGCAUACGCCACAGAUGGACAGUCUCAGCCUCGAGAGCUCUCGCCAGCACUUCCGGAGCUUCUGCUAUCACGAAGCUGAUGGACCUCGAGAAGCUGUGGGCCGACUUCAGGAAUUAUGCUCUCAGUGGCUGAGGCCAGAGAUCCACUCAAAAGAGCAGAUCUUGGAACUGCUAGUGCUAGAGCAGUUCCUGACCAUUCUGCCCAAGGACACUCAGAUCCACAUAAAGAAACACGGUCUGCAGAGCACUGAGGAGGCUGUGGCCCUGGUAGAACACUUGCAGAGGGAAUCUGGUCAAGUGAGGAAUGGGGUUGCAGUCCAUGAGCUGGGAAAGGAGGCAGUGCUCUUGGGAGAAACCUCAGAGGCCUCAGGUUUCAAGAUGAAGCCAGCAGAAUAUGAGCCAGUGGACAUGUCCUGUGAGCGUGGAGAACUCUGGAAUACAUACCAGGGUCUGCGAGAACAGCUGAGCAGGAGAACUCAUACAGGGAGUCAGCCUGUAUGGGAGAGGGCUGUGCCUGCUCACCAGAUCCUAGCCUUUCCUGAGCAGACACACACCAAAGACUGGACAGUGGUACCUGAGCUCGUCUUGCCUAAGUCCCAGAGCUUGUUGACAUUUGAAGAAGUGGCCAUGUAUUUUUCCCAGGAAGAAUGGGAGUUGCUGGAACCCACUCAGAAGGCCCUCUACAAUGACGUAAUGCAAGAGAACUAUGAGACUGUCAUCUCUCUAGCUGUGCCUGCUCACCAGAUCCUGGCCUUUCCUGAGCUGAGAAACACCAAAGACUGGACAGUGGUUCCUGAGCUUGUCUUGCCCGAGUCCCAGAACUUGACAUUUGAAGAAGUGGCCAUGUCUUUUUCCCAGGAAGAGUGGGAGCUGCUGGAUCCCACUCAGGAGGCCCUCUACAAUGACGUAAUGCAGGAGAACUAUGAGACUGUCAUCUCUCUAGCAUUAUUUGUGCUCCUGAAACCUAAAGUGAUCUCCUGUCUAAAGCAAGGGGAAGAGCCAUGGGUUCAAGGGUCCCUGGAGUUGAAGGACACCUCUAGAAAGCUGCCUAUAGGGCUAAAACUAAAAAAUGAUGCUGAAAAUGAUCAGCCCAUAUGUCUUUCUGACUCAGAAAUAGAAGCACCGAGAGACAUAGUAUCGAAAAAGGCGAGAGUGUACAUUUCCCAAAACACAGUGGACAAAGAAAAUCAUGGUGAUGUACACAGGGCAGAGACAUGUCACCAAGAUUUUCCAGUGAAGCAAACUAAUGGACUUCCAUCCUGGGAAAAAGAGCUGCUGAGACUUAUAGAGCUUCACAACAAAGCUCGUUCAGUAGAGAAGCCUUUUCCAUGCCAGGAAUGUGGGAAAAGCUUCCGAAUCAGCUCUUUGCUUAGCAAGCAUCAAAGAAUUCACAGUGAUGAGAAACCACAUACAUGUCCACAGUGUGGUAAGAGUUUUACCUAUAGGUCAGAUCUUAACAAGCACUUAAGGAUACACCAAGGAAUAAAACCAUAUAAGUGCUCAUGGUGUGGGAAAAGCUUCAACCAGAAUUCAAAUCUCCGCACACACCAAAGAAUUCACACUGGAGAAAAGCCCUUUUCGUGUAGUGACUGUGGAAAAAAAUUCAGUAAGAAUGCCCACCUUAUUAAGCACUGGCGAACUCACCUGUAGCACAUCAGGGGCAACUGCAGCAGGCCAGCAAGCCUUCUUAGGCACCAGAAACUCCUCCAGGGAACGGAAGAUUUUCCAGUGUCUUCAGUCUGAAGAAAUUCACCAAAUGCAGCUUGACCCUAAAUUUUACGAAAAAUGCAACAUAAAGCAGGGUGAUUUUUUCUUCAGUGGAAAAUGUGAAGAUAUAAACAUCAUGUUUCACAGAAAGGAACGGAUGUCUGUGGAAGGAAUGCAUUAGUAACUGUACUGCUUACUGAUUAUUUAUAACCAUAAGGGAACUCAUUAACCAAGAAAUUUUUUAAGAAUAUUCUUAAGAUGACAAAAGGCUGUUUGGGGAUUAUACCUGGCAAAAUAGCAAAUUCCGCUUCAGAUAGCAGUUGCAGCCUUGAAUCUGUCAAUCUUCUGUGGUCACAGAGGAAAUGGUGGUGGUGUACUGCUCUCCUCAGCCUCCUGUAACACAUGGGAGGGAACCUUUGCGGCAUGGCCUUCCAAAACAAAAAGCAGCAGUGUAUGUGUUCAGUUGCAUACCAUUAUCUUCAAGGCAGCAGACAUGCCAAUUUCCAUAGUCUUGCAGGGCAGAAGAAUUCUAAUGAAAGUUUCCCAAGGAACAAAUUGGAUUUCCUUUCUCUAGUUGUUGGACACAGUUCACAAAUUGGGACAUUGUUUGAGUCCCUGCAACUUUAGCUCUUAAGUCUUUUUAGCCUAAUUUUUACUGUGAUAAAAAUCACAUGUAAUUCAC